AUGGAGUAUCAAAUCAUCUCGAGCAAGGGUGACAAGCUCGCACUUUGCAUUGACGAUGAAAUGACCGUGGGGGAUGUCAAAGGCGUCGCUGCAGCGAUGUUGGACGCCCCCGAGGACGUCAUCAUGACGGUCUCGCUCAACGGCAGACUCCUUAAAGAUGACGCAGAGACCUGGGGGGAGCUGCGCGGACGCCUCUUCCGAAGCCAGCAGCCCCACCCCAUGCAGCGCAAGCUCUUCUGCAACGUGACGGAUCGCCCAGUGGUUGAGUCGCAAAGCGCUGAGAUGCUGCGCAUGUUGCCGUCCAGGGAGGAAAAAAAGCUGGAACAGGAGAAGGAGCGCGAAAAGGUGGCCGCGAUGGACUCGAUGGUAGACUCACUUGCCGACAACCCUGCGUUACUGGAGAGCAUGCUGAGCAUGAAUCCGAUGAUCAAAAAUAUGCAGAAAAAGUCUCCCGAGGUAGCGCGUAUGUUGAAAGACCCCGACACACUGCGGAUGCUUUUGAAGUCCUCUGUCGACCCGCAGCGACGGCGAGAGAUGGAGCGCAACGCAGAGCUGCAACUGGCCCACAUCGCUGCCUUGCCUGGGGGUCAGCAGAUGAUCAACCACUACAUGGAUCAGCUCACGCAGGACGAGGAGGAGAGCGACAUACAACGGCAACUGCGCCUUGGCACGUCGUCGAUCGAGGUGAGCAACGAGCUCUACCACCCAGACCCGACCAAAGAGGCGAACAAUGACCCGUUGCCGAACCCGUGGGCUACACCGGCUGGGACGGCGUCAGGCGCCGUGCCUCAAGCAGCCAGUGCCUUUCCAUUUGGCGCUGCUGAGGGUUUUCCCUUUGCCAACCCAUUCGGCUUCCCGCCUGCACCCGUCUCUUUCAGUGGCGCUGCCACUGACACAAUAGGAUUCCCAGUUGUAGCAGGCACUGCCCCCGCGCUAUCGGGCGAACCGGACCAGGCAGCCAUGGAUGCGAUGGUUAAUGUAAUGUUGCGAUCGAUGAGCACGUCACCGCCAACACCGACAGCUACCACCGCUAGUUCACCGCCACCUUUGAUUGCGGCGCCAGCGGGAUCUGCAAUUCCAUCAGCGUUGUCUGAGGAAGUCAUGCAGCAUGGCCUGUCGACACUGCGUGAUAUGGGAUUUGAGGACGAGGCUCUAUGCCGUGAGGCGCUGACGGUUUGCGGUGGCGACGCGGAGGCGGCUGUGGAGUAUAUUGCGGAACAUCAGGUGGAGUAG